CAGGAGCUCGUUUUAGAUAAGCUUGAGAAUAGGAUGACCAUUAACGUAGCAAAAUCUGAUGAACAGAAUGCUAGUAAUCAAAUCAGUCGGAGUAGUCUCAUAAUGCCAUUUCAGGACCUAACGAAUAAACAAUUGAAUCCUCCAAGCUUGAAAAGGAAAAUGAAUGAUCAUAUUCAUCUGGAUGCUUCCUUCUUAACACAUGAAAAUCGGGAGGAAAGUGCUGAUUUCUAUCAGAGUAUCCCCCAAAAGAAGAUGAAAAUCCACAAUUCAGAUCCAACUGAGGAAGGAGGGGCAUGCAAUAACUGUAAAUGUAGAAAAACUCAGUGUUUGAAACUUUAUUGUUCGUGCUUUGCUGCUGGAGUUUACUGCACAGGACCUUGCUCAUGUCAAAACUGCUUGAAUAAUCACAUUAAUGAAGAUAAAGUCCUGGAAGCUCGCAAGAAAAUUGUGCCUAAGGAGGACCCCAACAAAAGUGGAUGCAACUGCAAUAAAACAAGCUGCAUGAAGAAAUACUGUGAAUGCUAUAAGGUUUUCUCCAUUCCAUUGUUUAUAUAUAUAUAUAAUAUCAUGAAUAAAUUUUAUUUUGAUUUAUAAGGUUUUGUUUUGAAGGCUGGUGUUGGUUGC